GUUAUAUUAAUGAAGGUUGUAUAAAUCUAAUUUACAAGUUAUAUUUUUCUGAAAUUUUGUUCCGAGGCUAUUAUUAGUUCACUACACAACACAAAUGGCGUAAAUAUGGCGUUAUCACAAGAUGAGCACAGAUUUUUUUCUGCUCUUGGAGCAGGAAAAGGUGAAGAAAAUGAACUCAUUCAAGCACCAGAAGAGGAGGAAGAUUUUGAUAUUUUAAAUGAUGAAACAUUUGGAGACUUGGGAGAUGUUGGAGAGUUUGAUUGGGAAGACACUCACAAACGAACAGAAGAGUUGGAGGACUCCUUUAUUCCUGAUCAUCAUGGAGAACUUACUAAAGACUCUGGUUUUAUCACCAUGGAUAGAGGCUAUUCUACUGCAACUCAGGAAGAAGAGCUGGAGCAAUCUAUCAGUCGGCUCAUGGUAGAUGAUGUAGAUAGCAAAGGGUUUGAUGUAAAUGGACAGCCAAUCCCAGGGGUCAUGAGAAAAUCUCAUCUGGAUAAACUGUUUGGUCCUAAUUCACCUCCUGGAUAUAUGGAUUUGGAGACGCUGCAUUCUCCAGGAAAAAACAUAUGGGGAUCGCCAUCUGCAGACAAUCACUUUCAAAAGCCAGUCAAUAAUGCUCUGCAGGCCUUAUUUGCUUCUGCUAAACAAGCUGCUUUUAGAGACUUUCCAGGGGUUUUCAGUGACUCCAGUUCUACUCCAGUCCAAAUACCAAAUUUGCCUUUACCAUCUGAAGCUCAAACUUUAGCCGAAAUAGAAAACAGCAUGCUUGCUCGUGAGCAUCAUAAACCUCGAGUGCUGACCUCCGAAGAACUGGAGCGUCAGCUAAGGGGAGAGUCUCCAAUACAUACAGAUCAGAAACCAUACUCGCUGCCUGUACAGAUUCCUCCUGUUGGUACAUCUGUGGCUUUCCGAAAACAGGAUACACCUAUGAUGGGUCAGAUAGGAGCAAAACUUGCUAAUGGAGGAAGUUCACCUAUCAAUAUAAUAAGAUCUCCUCCAAUGGCAUUACAAGGUUUUCAUGAAUCUCCUGUUGUAAUAGGCCGAUCCCCUUCUCCAUCAUCCACACACUUUAUGCCUCCAUUACCAAUGAUAUCUCCAAGUCUAUUGCCACCUUUUCCACCUGUGUUAAUGGCUAAUUGCCUGUUUGGAAAUGCAUUGUCGAGACCUCCACCACCUGCAGGACUUCCACCCAUCCCCAAUUCUCCAUUUGGAAGCCCAACUGCUGCUUAUAUAUUACCUAGACAAAAACCUCCACUUCCUUAUCAGCACCAACAGCAAUACCCAGGGCACCAUUGGGAUGGAAAUCAUGUAGACUUCAGAGGAUCAGGUGUUUACAGCAACCAGCAUGGAAGAGAGCAUCAGGAUUAUAAUGUUCACAGAGGACCUGGUCAGCAUGGUCAUUUUAACAGACAUCAUACACAGGACUAUCAAGAUAAAGAUAUGGAAGAUGAAUAUGCUGGCUUGAUGACCAAGAAAGAGAAAGAUUGGAUCAUAAAGAUUCAACUAAUACAGCUUCAAACAGACAACCCCUAUUUAGAUGAUUAUUACUAUACAUACUACACUAUGAAGAAAAAGCUGGCAGAUCGAGAGAAACAAGGUGACAAACAGAAUAAUGAGCUGGAACUUUUGAUCCCUAACAUGGUGAAGAUUGAACCCAGAACUUACACACCAGCUCAAUUUGAAGGUUCGUUGGGACGGCUUACUGCUGCCAGUGUACAUAACCCUAGACAAAUAAUAGAUAUUUGCCGCACUGUUUCUCCCACAAAUGAAGAGACUACUCCCAAAAGUGUUAGUAAAGAGUUGCGGCGCUACAGACAGUUGUUGAUGGAUAUUGAAAAGGGUUUCAAUGUGAUUUUGGAUAUUGAUGACAUAGAGAAAAAAGUACUUGCUCUGCCCAAUGAGAACAGGAUGCCCUUAUUUGAGGAACGUAUAGAGAAAAUACAAAUUGUUUAUGAUUACUUUAUGCAAGACCAGACCUAUAAAAAUUUUGUACCAACACUAACUGUAAGAAAAGGCCGUAAACUUUUAGCCAGAUUAAUGCCUCUGUUAAAUAAGGUCCAGUGGUUAUCUAUUGUUACUGUACUGCUAUCACAUUUACCAGUCUUGAUUAAAAAAGACCAGGAAGAAGAGGGCUUGCAGGUUUUGUUACCUCCACUCUCUCGCCAUAUUGCACAAUGUGAUUUAGAAGUUUUGGUUCAUUAUGCUGCAAUACUACAGAAGCAUCCACAACAGAAUAUAGAAGGUCUUUCACUUCUGCUGCACAACUCAUUUGGUAUUUCUUUGUUAUGUUGUCUGAUCAAGGCUGGAGAGGAUUACUUUAGGAAUACAUCACCUGUGGAUAUAGAUAACCAGUUCAAGACUCAAUGGACUCAGUUCAUAGAAGAAUUUGUUAUGAGUUUGGAAAGUGUACCUAAAGAGGAACUUGCAUGGCCAGAUACACAUCAGCCACAAAUUGGAGAUCAUGUAGACAGAUUUAUAAACAAUAAGUUGAUUGGCUCUGUGGAAGACAAAUUGGCACAUUUUUCAAAGCCCCGCCCAAAGACCACCAUUGAAAAAUAUGAUGAAGGCAGUUAGUGCCUUUUUUUUUUAAUUGUUUUAGUUUUUGUAAAAAUAAAACUGCAAGUUUUUGUCAUGUGUUUUCCAGACACUAAUUUUCUAUUUGUCAUGUACAAUUUCAUUUGAUGAAUUGAUGCAGAUGAAUUUCAACAUGAAUUAACAUUGAAUUCUAUUUUUUUCUUUAAAUAAGGAUGCAUUGUUUCUAUGAAGCCAUUGAUACAAAAUGUUCAAGUAUCAAAAGCUUCCAAAGUUACCAUUUUGGUUGCAGGUUCCUGUUUUCAAGAUGAUAGAUUUUAAAGAUAACAUUAUGAAUGAUAAGAAUAAGGUUCCCCGCCUCCCCCACCCCCCUACUUUGGUUCACAAUAAAAACGUGUUACUCAUUGGUUUGAUAGAGAUAGUGUCUACUCUCUAAGCUCAUUGGUUUGAUAGAGAUAGUGUCUACUCUCUAAGCUCAUUGGUUUGAUAGAGAUAGUGUCUACUCUCUAAGCUCAUUGGUUUGAUUGAGAUAGUGUCUACUCUCUAAGCUCAUUGGUUUGAUAGAGAUAGUGUCUACUCUCUAAGCUUUCUUGUUUCAUCACAUUCAAUCAAACUUUUGUGUUUGUUCCUGUUAACUUUUAAUGUCUGACUGAGGAUCAUGUCAAAACUCACCAAAUUGAAACUGAAACAAAAGAUCUGAAGUUCACUGUGUACAUCUAUGCAAAUAAACAAAACAAAAAAAUAAUAAUUUUACAGUCAUUGUAACUAGAUACAUCAGUGGACAAGUUGUCACAUUUCAAAUACAUUUCUGAAUAUUUAUUGUAACUUUUUUAUAUCAAUUUAAAAGUCAAGGGCAAUUUUCCUUGUAAACUUUUUUUAUUAAUUUUUUUUUUUAAUCCUAGUUUCUGUUAUUUUGUAAACUCUAAACAAUUAUGAUUAGAGACUUGUAGACUUCAUGAAGUUGAGACUUGUGCAAAGAAACAUCUGUGUCUUUAGAGGAAAUAGAAUUGCUUUGGGAAUGAUUUUCAGGAUGAAUUGUUUGUUUCUAUUUCCCAAUCAGAUCAUCUGUUGUAGACCUAGACAAUAAUGUCAGUCAAUGACUCACCUGAUCUUGUAUAUAUUAAAUUACUUUGUUCUUAUUUUCUUGGAUCAAGUGUGUGUGUGUGUGUGGAAGGGCAUGUAGUGGAUGUAGUGACUGCAUUGCAUUCACUGUCACUUUGUUUGGAAAUUCAAAGUCUUUUAUACUAAUAUAAAUUUCUGUGGGACAGAACCUAUGUGUACAAUUAUGUUCAAUGAAUUCUGUCCAAUGUGUAUGAACUAUGAAAGUCUUGAAAUAAAUUAGAGUUGUUACCAUUUA